AUGUCGUCCCUUCUUCCCGUUGCCGUGUACGGCCUCGAGGUCCCCACGGGGGAGGUCUUGGUGCCUGCCGAGAUCGAGUUUCCGGCGACGAUCCGGAUCACAAUGGCUGCCAUUGACCCGACCGCGGCGCCAGAAACCGAUGGGCAGGGCAAUGUCCCUUCGGUCCCUCGCUCAACCCUGAAGAUUUACAAGGUCAACGAUGAUGAGGACGAUGAGGAUGAAGACGAUUACCUUCAGAAUCUCCUUGGUGGCGGUGAUGAUGACGAGGAGGAUUCGGACGAGGAAGAAGAGGAGGAGGUCAACGGCGGUCCUAGCGACCCUUCCAAGUCCAAGAAGGCACGCCGGGAGGCCGCCUUCAAAAAGCUUCUUGAGGCUACCCAGGAGGAUUCGGAUGACGAGAUGGAGGACGCAGGCUCCAAGCCCAACGGCUCCAAAAAGAAGGGCAAGGGUAAGGCGAGCGACGAGGACGAGGAGAGUGACGAGGAGGAGGACGAGGCCCCUGACUUCGACAUGGAGGAAUUCGUCGUGUGCACCCUCGACACCGAGCGCACCUACCAGCAGCCCAUCGACAUUACCGUCGGCGAGGGUGAGAAGGUUUUCUUCAGUGUGAAGGGUACCCAUACCAUCUACCUGACUGGUAACUAUGUCGUGCCUCAGGAUGAGGGGGAAGACGAUGACGAUGACGAGGAAUACUCCGACGACGAGUACGAUCUCCCCCCUGGUCUUGAGGACGAAGACUCCGACGAGAUGAGCGAUGAGCUCGACGACAUUGACGGCACCCCCCGGAUUAAGGAGAUUGACACGGACGAUGAGGAGGCGCCUAAGCUUGUCGAGACUAAGAAGGGCAAGAACAAGCGGGUCGCCGAGGAGGCGGCCGAGGGUCUCGACGAGCUGAUGGCCAAGGAUGAGAAGAAGCUUUCGAAGAAGCAACAGAAGAAGCUCAAGAACAACCAGGGCGAAGCUGUGGCUGCCGAGGUCAAGGCCAAGGAGUCUUCCGCCGCUAAGGGCGACAAGAAGGUUCAAUUUGCCAAGAAUCUAGAGCAAGGCCCAACCGGCCCUGCCAAGGACAAGGCCGAGAACAAAGGCGACAAGAAGGGCGCCGCGCUCGGCGUCAAGGUGGUUCAGGGCGUGACCGUCGAUGACCGCAAGAUUGGCACUGGCCGUACCGCCAAGUCCGGUGACCGUGUGGGUAUGCGGUACAUCGGAAAGCUACAGAACGGCAAGGUUUUUGACUCGAACAAGAAGGGCGCGCCGUUCUCCUUCAAGAUUGGCAAGGGCGAGGUUAUCAAGGGCUGGGAUGUCGGUAUUGCCGGCAUGUCCGUCGGCGGCGAGCGUCGUCUGACCAUUCCUGCCCACCUUGCCUACGGCUCCCGCGCGAUUCCUGGCAUCCCGGCAAACAGCACCCUUAUCUUCGAUGUCAAGCUCAUUGAGAUUAAGUAG